CAAUAAUGCUAGUUAUUCAGUCUUGCAAAAAUGUUCGGGCAUUCAUUAGCUCUAUUCUCAACUCUCAGCGUGGUGGCUAUCGUUUUAGCAGAUCCUGUCGUGCCACCAGCCGAAUUCGCUAUAAUCCAAAAUGGUAUAUAUUACUUUGAGACAAAUACAGCAAAGAACUGGUUUGAUGCCAGUGAGGCUUGUCAUCGUAUGAGCGCCGAAUUGGUCACAUUUGAAACAUUGGAGGAAUGGAAAGCUGUUAAUAAGUAUAUUGCUGAUAAGAACAUUGAUGGAAAAUACUGGACGUCAGGAACUGAUUUGGCUGUCAAUGGUAAACAUUCCUGGUUUACAACUGGACUACCAUUGAAUAUAAAUAUUUGGGCACCUGGCGAGCCUAAUAAUCGAUUUGAUAACGAACACUGUGACCACAUACACAACACACUAGGGUUGAAUGACUAUAAUUGCAACAGCGUUAGUUUGUAUAUUUGUGAGGCUCGUCGCAGUUGUGAUUAGGGUAUUAUCAUAUAAUUGUUAUCAUAAUAAAGAUUCUUGAAUAAAGAUGGGCAAAGGUACAGCCAAAAUCAA